AUGCUAAUAGUAUUGCUACUUAUGUCUAUGUGUUCAUGGAAAAUAUCAUAUGGUUCUAAAGCUGAGUUUGUAACAUGCGGCACUAUUUUAAAACUGAUUAAUACGGACUUGAAGCUGCGUCUGCAUUCUCACGAUGUUAAGUACGGCUCUGGUUCUGGACAACAGUCUGUGACUGCUGUCGAUGUAUCAGAUGAUAACAAUAGUCAUUGGCUUGUUAAACCUGUUAUGGGAGAAACAUGUAAGCGAGGGUCACCUAUUAAAUGCAAUACAAAUAUUCGCCUACAUCAUAUAGCAACUAAAAAGAACCUUCACUCUCAUUAUUUCUCAUCCCCUUUAUCUGGAAAUCAAGAAGUUUCAUGUUAUGGCGAUGAAGAUGGAGAAGGAGACAGUGGUGAUAACUGGACUGUGGUUUGCAAUAAUGACUAUUGGAGAAGAGACACACCUGUGAAAUUAAGACAUGUAGAUACCACAGCGUAUCUUGCUGGAUCAGGACGAACAUUUGGAAGGCCAAUAAAUGGUCAGGGGGAAAUAGUGGGAGUUAGCUCUCAGUAUGGUACUUACACAGAUUGGCAAGCAAAAGAAGGCCUAUUUAUUCAUCCAGGUGACCCAUUACCACACCAGCAUGCAAUUCAUACUGAAUUA